AUGGAAUUGUACGGACUUAUUUUCUUAGCAAAUAAUGUUUCAAACUUCGUUCCUUUACAAAAUGUUUCUGCUGAGGCAAAAAUUGUUGAUAUGAUUGCUGAAACAACGGUUUGUCAAACCUAUAAAAAUUAUGAAAAUGAUAUAAUUGAAGCUAUCUAUAAAUUCCCACUUUAUGAAGCUGCAGCAGUAUAUAAAUUUGAAGCUGAAAUUGAUGGAAAGAGAAAAGUUAAAGGGAUUGUUAAAGAUUCCAAUAAAGCCGCAGAAGAAUAUGACAAUGCAAUUAAGCAAGGUCAUGGAGCUUAUCUAUUAGAAGAAGAACUUCCUGAUAUUUUUCAAUGCACAAUUGGUAAUAUCAAAGCUGUUACUUAUUCUUCAAAAACUGAUUGCUAUUUGGAACUUGCUAUUACAUGUAGAAUGACUUCAGUUAUUCAAAGCAUCGAAUCACCAUCACAUCAUAUUUCAACUGAAUUAAAUAUUGAUGGUAAUCCAAAUGUCUCAAGGAUUACUCUAGCUGAACAAAUUACUUAUCUAGAAAAAGAUUUUAUACUUGUUGUUAAAAGCCUCGAUCUCGAUAAACCAAGGGCAUUUAUUGAAUACGAUCCUAAAACAGAAACAAAUUGUGUAAUGCUGACUUUAGUACCAAAGUUCGCUCUUAAUACAAUAAUGUCAGAAUUAAUUUUUGUGAUUGAUAGAGCAUCCGACGCACUUCAAUUGCUGCUUCGUUCAUUACCUGAAAAUUGUUUUUUCAAUGUUGUAUCAUUCGGUACCAAAUUUGAUAGUUUAUUCGAAAAAAGUCAACCUUAUUCUGAAGAAAAGUUUUCACAAGCACUUAAUCAUGCUCAAAUAAUGACUGCAAAUUAUGGAGGAACUGAAAUUUAUAAUCCUAUAAAAUGGGCAUUUGAAAAUUCAAGAAAUGAUAUGCCCACUUCCGUUUUCAUUCUUACUGAUGGCAGGGUUAAUAAUGUUGAUAGAAUUAUAGAUUUUAUUAAAUCUUGUCAAGAAAAGAAAAAGGAUGAUUUAAGGUUCUUUUCAAUUGGAAUUGGUGAUGCAGUUUCCUAUCAUUUAGUCGAAUCUAUUUCCCGAGUUGGCAAAGGAUAUUCACAAUUUAUUGCAAAUACUGAAAGAAUGGAUAAAAAGGUUCUUGGCAUGCUAAAAAAUGCUAUAAUGCCUCCCAUUAAAGAUUAUAACAUUACUUGGACUGAUGAGACCUUUAAUGAUGAUCCGCCGAUAGUAAUUGAACCGAUUGAUAGACCAACAAUUAGUAUCUUUGGUGAUAAUACUACACCACCGCCGCCAGCUGUUCAAAACAUCUUUUCUGACAUGAAAGUUAAACAAGCACCAUUUUUAAUUCCACCAAUUUAUCCUGGUGCUCGAUUUAUAGUUUAUUGCAUUUUAGAAAAAGGCGUUGAAGCUUCUAAAGAAAUUGUAUUGAAUGCAGAGUCUAAUGAUGGUCCGAUGAAGCUUUCAGUUCCAUUAGAUCCUUUUAUAUUACAAGGAUCAAAAAUACACGCACUUGCGGCCAGAAAACUUAUUCAAGAUCUUGAAGAUGGUACUUCA